AUGAAGUUUUUACUGUGCCUAAACAUCUUUCUCGCUUGCUUCUUACUGUGUCCAGCGCAGUAUGGCGGCGGAGGAGGCGGAGGAGGCGGUGGCGGUGGUACUGGCGGCUAUGGUUACGGUGGCUAUGGUCCGAAUGGACCUUAUGGCGGAUCAGGCGGAAAUGGUGGUUUCGGUUACUAUGGACCUGCUGGUAGUGGCGGCGGCAGCAGUGGUAAUGGUUAUGGUGGCCCAUUUACCGUAGGCGGUGUUAUGGGUGCUGGCGGUGGUGGUGGUGAUGAAAAUGGCGCCGGUGGUGGUUAUGGUUACUCCUUUGGUUAA